UGAAGAGUAGUCACUGCUUUGCAACGGACGCGGCAUAAUUAAUAUUUCCAAUGUUAUAUGGCUGGUGAAUGGUGAACGAUUGCGUUGAUACUCCCAGGGUAGCAGACAUUGUCUUCACUGACUAAUGUUGUGGUAGCUUGGAUCAUAUGUACGCACUAAGGAAUGGACGAAGGACUUUUCACAUGAUCCAGAAAUACUUUCAAACUCAAAAAGAUUGGACGUUUUUCAUUCCUAGUCGCCUUUCCAUUUAGAACCAGCCCUUAUCGACACAAGUUUCAUUUAUUCAGGAAGAAGGUGAGAACUCCAGCAUGGAUGAUUUAGGAAUCUCGUGUCAAGUUUGAGUUUAACGACUUGAUCAUAUUGCCACAUCGGUAAAAACACUGGUCGUUACUGGAAAAUAUUUAGACAAUAAAUACACGUCACCAUGAUUUCGGCUUCGCUAUUAUUAAUCUUGUUGCCAUUUGGCGUUGUCGGGGUCGAAAAGGAGAAGGGAAAUAAUGGGAGUCAUUUCAAAUGGAAAGGAACAGGCAAGAAUCUGACUUAUUAUCAUGAAGUCUGGCACCCCAUCCAUUUCCCGCCAGGACACAGUAAGCUCACCGUGUCGGAUAUUCGACAUGAAACGGAUAGUACCGUGGAAGAUAAAGGAUCCGGUGGUAACCCAAAGCUCGAAUGUGAGGGGCAAUGUGCAUCUGCGUAUCGUGACUUUAACUACACGAAAAAUGAGAUCAGAGAACUAUUAGCAUUUGAGACAGUCACUGAUGACGGUGUCAAACAGAAGACCGAAUUGUCACCUGAUGAUAAUUUUGUGAGCUAUCUUAAUCAUUGGAUAGCAGAUGAGAGGAUAAUUUUGGCUAAUUUAUCUGAGGAGAAGGCGAACUCUCAUCGCAGGAGGCGACGCUCGAUUGUCGGAGUAAAUACGCGGUUCCCAAUUGACGACAAGAAGUUCAUUUCAAAGGAACCUUAUUCCGCAGCGGUUAAACUGUCCACCGGUUGUUCGGGGGUUCUCAUCGGGGAACGGUACGUCCUGACCGCAGCGCGUUGCAUCCACGACGGAAGACGCUAUAUCGUGCCGAUCAGGGAGUUAAACAUUGGUUUCCGCCGUCAACGAAGCCUCAAACCAGAGGAAAUAUCUACUGAUGAAUGGGAGAAAGCUUUGAUUUGGAUUCGCGUCGCCAAAGCCUACCUUCCCUACGAUUGGACAAGACUAAAGCAAACCCGGAAUUUACCUCUGGAUAAGGACUAUGCGGUCUUGGCGCUGAAAAGGAGUCCAGAUCGGCCAUACCUCAACGUUAGCGUCGCGAGCUCGGUGAACGUCCCCGAGGAUUCGCAGCUGCACAUGAACGCGCUUGACUCGCCAAACGACGCCGCGCUGUACUACCGCUUCUGUGAUCUACAAGGAGAAACGUCGGAGAUAUUAUAUCAGCAGUGCGACGGCGACAGUGACGCGGUUGGGGCGGGGAUUUAUGUCCGUCGUUGGGACGGUUUGUUGACGCAAUGGACACGGAAAGUGGUUGGUGUCUAUUCGGGAGAGCAAGCUUAUGACCUGGAUGGUGAACAGGUUGUCAAUAACGUUGCAAUACGUAUCACGCCUCUCAAGUUUGCUCAGAUAUGCUAUUGGUUAACAGGCGAUUAUAAUGAUUGUAACGGAUGAGCGGCAGAUAAUAGUACCUUUUAGAUCACAGAAAUGUUUGUAAAUAUGAGCUUAAUUCAUACUGUUUGAUUAUAAAAAAUGUAUUGUUCAGUUUUGAGGUCAUUUUCUGUGAUGAAUAGUAGGAAUAUAGUUUAUGUAUACCAGUGUUGUGCUUGAAGUUUUAUGAGAUGGAAGUGGUCAGGGAAAGUAGAUUGGUAGGCAUGUGUAUGCCUGAAUCAGGUCAUAAAGCAUGUCUGACAUUCUUGUAGCUUGACAAUAAUUUCAUGUGCGGUUUUUUUUAUACCUGUAUAGAUUAGCUAUCGCUGAUUAAUUUGUUUUUCAUGAAAA